UCCCGAACCAUUCCCAUUACAGCGCGAAUUGUUAUCACGAGUAGAUUAGUUGGUAAGAGUGGUUUUGGUUGGGUUAAAAAUUCUUCAAAAACAGUUAAACACAGCACGUGGCGUGGAAUGGAGUUUGAAUUAUCGUAGUUAUUAAACAGUGAAUAUACCAGCUUACGAUCUUCAUCACUGAGAAUUUCUAUCGCAGAUCAAUUCAUUGCAAGCCAUGCAGUCACCACCGGAAAAAGCAAAAUCAAUUUUUGAAUUUACCGUCACCGAUCUGAACGGUAAUGAGGUUUCGCUCGACCGCUACCAGGGAUCGGUGUGCCUAAUCGUGAACUUCUCUACCAAGGAUGCCACCUUUGAGAAGGUGUUGAGUCUUCUCACGCCUCUGUUCCGAAAGUAUCACAACGACACCCGAAAAGAUUUGAACGUCCUCUUCUUCCCAUGCUUCCAAUUCGGCUCCAAAGAAUCGCCGGACGAAAUCGUACAGCGCUUCGAGAGCAGCACCGAUAGCAGCGGUAUGAUCGGUGAGAUUUUCACCGAGAUUGAGGUGAACGGCUCGAAAGCCCCCGGACUGUACAAGUAUCUGAAGGCGAAAAAACCGGGCAACUGCGGAGGAUUUAUCAACAGCAACUUUACCAUCUUUCUUACCGACCGCCAAGGCGUACCGGUGGAAAGGUUAAAUGCUGGAAUUCAUCCUUACACGCUCGAGGACAUGGUCGAGAAUUUGUUACGCUAAACUGUGCUGCUAACCGUGUUACUAGAAAUAAAGCAUAGAACAAACCAGCUGCCAGCUGCGGGCUGUUUAA